AUGGCCACUGAGUCUCCUCAAGCCGGCGUGCGCGUCGCAGCUACCCUUCCAGCCCUUUCUCUUCGCCAGAUCCUUCUCGUACAUCUUAUCAUAUUUCAAGAGGCGCUAUUUGGCUGCCAUGUCUUCGGGAUCAGGAUAUCAUGGCUAAACCGAACGUCACAACCCGGUGUUCCGGAAGCGCUCUUCGACUACGAUCGAUCGGAAUUUGGGAGCCCGGAUCCAACACGACUGAGCCCAGGGAGUGAAUAUCGCGCAGUGGUCUUCAAGCACUAUUGCGAGACAUUUUGCAUCAUGAUGAAGCCUUUCGUAAUCCGGUACCUCUGUGAGCUUCUCGGCACUGGCUACACGGUUACUUGGAUCAACUUCAUAGCCAAACCGCAUUUUCGCAUACUCGCAGAUUGGGCAGAGAUGAACCAAUUGAUAUAUCACUCCUGUCUAUUGGUAUCCAAUGGUAACGGUGAGAACCACGUCUUGGAUGGCACUGCCGAUCAAUAUGGACGAAACUGGAAGACACAUUGGUUCAUGACAGGGAAAGAGCUUAUUGCAAACUUUCUGGAUCCCAAGUACUCAAACCCGAGGGAAAUUUGGACAACGAACGAACAGGGGGAGGUCGCCAAGUGCGAGAGGCUUGAGGGCAAAGAUUGCAGCCAUGGAUACUGGGCGGUCGGAUACUGGGUAGUCGCGCGCAGGCGUAUGGAGCAGAUAUUCCGGGAGCUGAACUGGACAUCUCUCCGUGGGCUGUCGGACGACGAUGUGGAGGAACGUAUCCGUUCCCUGAGCAAGGCCAAGUUCGAGGGGGCAUUUGCGGAAGCGCAGUCGAAAUAG